AUGUUUGAGCAUAUUUUGGAUGGUUGGGAUUAUCCUAUUUUGAAGGUUAGAAAGAGCCAAUUUAUUUUAGCUGGUUUGGAUGAUACUCCACAAGAAAUCAUUCCACAUUCAGAGCUUGUGGGAUUUAAUGGAAUUGCUCACAUAUGUCAGUUCCUACUAGACCUCCCGUUGAUCACUGCAUUAGUAAAGAGAUGGAGGCUAGAGACACAUUUUUCACUUGCCUCUAGGCGAGUGUACGAUCACUUUGCAGGAUAUGUCUUGUUAGGUUUACGAAUUGAUGAAAGACCUGUAAUAGUAUCUAUUAGAGGUAAUUAUGCUUAUAUAGUUGAGGAGAGCUUAAGAAUUCGGCCAGAACGUGAUGCUUUUGUUGGUAGAUUUUUUAGGAUGAGUUGGCUAGACCAAAAUUUUACCCAUGUUGCGAUGCAUGCACAGAGUCCUUUACAGAUCACUCGAUUUGCUAGGGCUUACAUGUUGCGGUUGAUUGAUGGUUUUACGUUGAGCGACCACUCCAGCAACAGAGUCUUAGUGAGGUACUUACCUCUACUACAUGAUUUUGCUGUCACCGAUGAAUAUAGUUGGGGGUUUGCAAUACUGAGAGUUUUUUGA